CUGCUGGGGACGGACAAAGCAGUGCAGAGAUUAAGUCCAGCAAGUUUGUGUUAUUUGUCUAAGCAGGUUCUGUGUGUUUGUAGGUCUGACAGUGAUAACAGAGGUGGGUGGAGGCUGGCGGUGUGUAAACGCUGCUUUCAGACACUAACAAUAAAGAAGAAAGUUCAAGCUUAACAAGUCUUUGUUACAUGAUCAUCCAUGUCCUGUUCAGACCAACAGUCGGGUUUGAACCAGGGAACAGUUCCAGACCCUGAAACAUCUCAUCCAGUAAUCAGUCGACCUGAACAAUGGCCCCAGUUAUAUAUUAGGUGUUUGCUUUGUGACACAGCGACUCUGCUCAUUUACUCUGAUGAUUAAAUAACUUAAAGUUUAUCUUAAUACAGUACUGACACGCCCAUAUGUACACUGAAGGAGUUAUUUGAAGCUGCCGUCGUUCCUCUUGUCCACAGCGGCUCUAAAUAGAUGUCUUUCUAAAAUGACUUCAAUGUCAGUGACGGGAAACCAAAUCAAAAUACCCUUGUGACUACCCUCUGGUGGCUUUUGAGUUUGUUGUUGUCAUAAACUUUUGACUCUGGUCUGCCCCCUGGUGGAUAUAUUGGUUAACAUCCAUGCCAACGUAAAGGGCGCAUGGAAGCAUGUGGGCAGUGACGGUAACAUCGUUUGAAACGGACAUAUACAUUUUCGUACAUAAAAGGAGCAUAAAUGAGCCUUUAGGUGUCACAGCAGGCAGGUGGUCAGCGGCAGCACCUGGUCUAACCUGUGUAAGGGCAACAACCGAAAGUUUGCUGAUCCAGCGAGGAGUCGGGCUGACUGGGGCUCAGUCUCCUGAGCUGCUGCCUGCUCUCCGCUCAGUGAGGUGGUCUGUAGUGGCGGAGCGUGAAGCGGUGGACACACUGUGAUUCGAGGCUCAAGCUAAUGUUAGCCACACAAACAUGAAUUUGAAGCUGCAGCCGUGAGCCUUUGGCUCCAGUUAGCAAAAGGCUAAACUAUUAGCAACAUUUUCUCUCCAUCUCUGAAACACUUCGCUGAUAUUGACGUGUGUUUUAUUUAGUUUAUUUUCACACUUUCUUUCAGACUCUUUUUUAAAAGUCUGUCUUCCUUUUUGGGUUGCUUUGCAGUGCAGGCAGUUGCUGUCAAUGCUGGAACAGAAACUUUCUCCACAAUGUGCACGCACAUCUACAUUUGUAGAGGAAACAUCCUCUGGCUGAAACAACCUGUGAUUGUCCGAAGUCUUUCAUCACGAACUAGAUUUUCUGAAACCUGAAACCAGAGCCAAGAGGAGGUGCUGAAGUCUAGUUUUCUCUCAGAGCACUUGAAUUACAAUUGCCUAAAGGUUAUUAUGGGAUUUUUGCCCGAUGGCACCAAAAUGAAAAUGCCUGCCAGAGUCUUUAGCACAAAACAAAGUCUUUUGUCCCUGAACACCUACGUCGAUAUCACUUUCAGAUCUAUUCAAGACCUGUUUGGACAGAAGGAGCAUUCACAGCCACAGAUAGUCCCUGUAAUACAGAUAAACAUUACUCUUAAGACUUGAAACCCGUUCUGUGAUGAAGAGUGUUCAUAUUUUAUUAUGUAUGAUCUUUAUGUGAGAUGUGACCACCUCAAAGGCAGAAAAACAUCCCUCCAAGAAACCUGAGUAGUUAAAAUGGUCCGGUCCAUCCAGACCAGAGCAAGAGUAUGGAAGCCCCAAAGGGACAGACAGUAGGUAAUAAAUAUGUAAAUGAAUUAAUGUGCAUUAAAAACUGAAAAACAAAUACAUCAAUUUAAAUUUUGCCAAAAAAGAAUAAAUAUACAGACAAUGAAUGAAGAAUAUUUUCAUCAUCUUUUUCUGUAUUUACUGACUUUCACUAGCCUGGUUCCAGACCAUAGACCCCGCCCACUCAACUGAGGAGGCUUGCAUUAGUGGUCUGGCAUACUGCAAUGAAUUUGCAAUUUAUCUCGUCCAAAUGAUGGACGGACCAAUGAACGCUGGGGGUGGGGGCGGGUCUAGCGAUUAGCCAAUCAGUGCCACGCUAAUGGCGACCGCUACAGAUCCUACAGACCACAUUAACGAUGCUAUCGAGGUAUUUUGCCACUACUCGCGUUAGUGGAGGACCAAAUUAAGGAAGCUGCUAAACUGGAUUUAUGCAGCUGGGCGUGCACGACAACGGAGACAUUUUAAACGGGCAAUGCUUGCUUGUUUUCGGCACCCCCGAGGCAUGGAUACUAAUGACGUCAGAUUCUGGGUGAGUCGUUGAUCUCUACUGAUUGGUUAGGGAAAAAUCAAAUUCCCUCCCCCUUGUAAAUCGCCUUCAAUGGAGGCCAUGUCAGACUGAAGGUUCUGGGAGCUUCAGUCUGACACUCAGGCUAGACUUUCACAUUUAUUAAUGUUCAGAUGUUCAGAGGGCCGAGUGGACCCCUGCAGACAUGAGCAGCACGCUGACUACAAUCCUAUCACUUUAACUCCUAUAACUCAAAAUUUAAUGUCACUGUGAAUUUUUUUUGUCAUAACAUUUUAUCCAUUUUUUGCAUAACUGAGCUCCAGUGUGUUAAAAAAAAACAAAAACAAAACAGGGGUACAUUUUUCUUUUUUUUCUUUGUAUAAAAAGUUUUGUCAGCGUCUUAUUUCAUCCCAUCCCUUUCCAUUUUAUCCCAUCCUAUCCAAUUACUUCCCAUCCCAUCCUAUCCCAUCCCAUCCCAUCUCAUCCCAUCUCAUCCUAUCCCAUCCCAUCCUAUCCCAUUACAUCCCAUCCCAUCUCAUCCCAUCCCAUCCUAUCCCAUUACAUCCUAUUCCAUCCCAUCCUAUCCUAUUCCAUUCCUUUCCAUUUUAUCCCAUCCCGUCCUAUCCCAUUACAUCCCAUCCGAUUCCAUCUUCCCAUCCAUGUUUUCGGGUUGUGCGUAACGACGCAUGGGAGCGUGACGCGCGCGUACGCGGCGUACCGCGUCAUAUCUUCCAACACAUCCGCCGCUUCCUGGCCGGCCCAGGCAGGCGCCUCAGGCCCCGCUCCAACACUGAACCGCUAUCCGCUCAUCAUCAUCAGUCACCGGUGAAGACACACCGAGUCCUCCGCCCCCGGUCCGUGAGGAGCUGCCGCCGCCGGUAUGAGUGGAUGAAGCGGCUGAGAUCAGCAGAGAGGUCCCGGGACUCGGUGCUCGCGUCAGAGCUGGAGGCGUCGGUUGAGGCGGAGCGGCCGUGGUGAUGGUGUUGGACUCAGGUGAAGUCUUCAUGGAUCAGGUUGAGGGUGAAAGUGUCGGGAGCAGCAGGAGCUUGUUGGAGCCAGAUGUUCGGGCAGAUCGUCCCAAAGCGCCCAGAUCACCGUCCAAAAGGAGCAAUGUUGCCAAGAAGGAGAAGGUGUCCCACAACGGACUCCCGGCCCAGACAAACAGCGGCCAGGUAGCACAGAGGAGGACAUCAUCAUCAUCAUCAUUGUUAAAAGGUGGAGCUGCGCCCAGACCGCCCCUCCGUCGCCCCCUCAGCCUGGAGAUGACGCCUCAGCACCUGCGAGGGUCUCAGGAGCACAUGGCCGACAGGCGGAUCGUGCAGCCUCCUUGGCGCAGUGGUUCAGCCGCCCCCUCGCCCCCGGCUCGCAGCCUGACCAGCCCCAGCCUGGGCGCAGGUGGCUGGAUGCGCCGCAGUGAGAGCACCUGCUCGGUUAAUUACUCCCUGGGGCUGCGGGCUGGCAAGGGGCAAAUGCGACCUGCCACCUCCCUGCCACACAUAGCUAAGGGGGUGGGGAUGGGGGUGGGGAGCAGGUCGCUGCCAACACCAUCCAGGCCGUGUCUGCUCGUCGCCCUCAGGCCUCUGAACCUGGAGCAGGAGAAGCAGACGUUCUUCCAGUCUGACUACAAGUACGAGCCUCAGUUUGAGUACGCACAGCCAGAGCCCAAGAGUGUGUUGGAGAAGUACAAGGAGGGCUCAGGCCUCUUCCUCGAACAGGCGGUUGGAAUCAUGGAGUGCGUCCUGAGGAAGUUUGGCUCCUAUGAGAACUUUGAGGAGGUGACAGGCGGCAGCGUCCUCCCUAAAAGUCAGGUCUGGGCUGCUGUACGCAAAUAUCUGCAGAAAGAAGGCUGCGUCGGGGAGGUGGUGGUGCGUCUGUCUGACGAGCUGCUGUCUCAGGCGGUGAUGGUGGUGGAGAGCUGUCGUCCCACUCUGACCAUCAACCUGGCCGGAGCUCGACAGCACUGGCUGGAGGGGAUGCUGCGACAUGAGAUCGGUACACAUUACCUGCGCGGGGUAAACAACAACCUGCAGCCAUGGGCGUCCACUGAGGGCAGGAAGCAGUUCGGCCUCAAACCGGCCAAUCCCACGGAGGAGGGCCUGGCCAGCCUGCACAGCGUGUUGCUACGGAAACAGCCCUACCUGUGGCGCGCAGCGCUGCUCUACUACACGGUGUACCACGCCACCAGCAUGAGCUUCAGCCGGCUCUUCAGCCACAUCGCUCGCUUCGUCCAGGACCCGGACGUCCGCUGGGAGUACUGCCUGAGAGCCAAGAGGGGACAGACGGACACCUCACAGCCCGGCUGCUUCAGUAAAGAUCAGGUUUACCUGGACGGGAUCCUCCGAAUCCUGCGACACCGAAGGAACAUCGACUUCAAGAUGUUGACCUCUUUGGGAAAGGUGUCUUUCGAGGACGUGGAGAGGCUGCGUCACUUCGCCGUCCUCCAACGUACCAGAAUCCCGCACUUCAUGCGUGACCAGGAGCGUUACCUGCAGCACCUGGAUCACAUCGUCGCCGUCAACGAGCUGGACGAUUCAACGCUGCAAGACCUGCUGCCCUGACCCCCCCCCCUCCCUUGCACCACCUGAACCCAAGAAGAAGAAGAAGAGCUGGAGGUACAAAGACUGUAACACGUGGUGCGUUCAAUGUCACUUAAAAACAUCCAGUAUUAUCGAUGCUUCAUUUGAGCGAUUCUUUUUUUGUAAAACUUGAAUGAGACGAACAAAAAGGGACGUACACACUAACACCUCUAUCUACAUCUUCACUUUCGUCCAAUGCAUGUCCCUCCUCCUCCUCGCCUUUACUCCUACUAUGAAGUUACCUCAAUACUGCAACUCUACGAUGUAACCAACAUUAUAUAUGUCGACUCAUACAUAAUCACUGCGCCUGUACACUGCUAACAUGUCUCGUACAGAUUCAAACAUAAUCACAUGCUUUAUUUAUGCAAUUAUUUAAGUUUUUUUACUUUGAGAGAACAAACUGAAUGUCUCUGGUUUUAGCUUUAUACAUUUUUAUUUGUGUUUUUAUGCCUUAGAUUGUUUGCAUUUUAAAAAAAAGGACACCAAGGACAUUUCAAAAACCUGGGGAAGUCCGAACUGAGACCGAGAAUCUUUACGAUAUCAAGUGCCAGAGGACUCAGUCAAGUAUUCAAACGUUCCCCGGGAGGAUUUUUUAAUUAUCAGUGUUAUUGAGCAGAUAAUCAGCUGUGUUGUUUCUGUCUUAACAGUGUCCUUGGUGGUCUUUUCAUAUCAGUAUGCUACUGUGAUGUGACCCCGUCCCCGAGCUCCCCCCUCUGCAGAAACCAAACCUUCUUUUGCUGCGUUAAAGGGACACAGUUCGGACGCUUUGGGAAAUGUGCUUAAUAGCUUUUGUGCAGGAGGUUAGAUGACACGCUCAAAUCUGUCUGUUCGGUGUGUGGAUUUAGAAAGAGACCUGGAUACCACAUUGGAGGCGGGGCCCUGGAUGUAAAAUGACUUCUGCUCUCAGGGGCCCAUAGAGCAGGCACACGAGAUGCUUCGCUGGCCGAGCAGCGAACCUCCAGUUUAGUGCUCCACUAACUUAAAUGGGGUUGAGAUGAUUUAGACUCCUCUAGACUAAAGAAAUGUCAUCGGAUUGAAUGGAUCAAAUCCCGAUAGUGCAAUGAGUCACUCUGGGGAGGGAUGAGACGCUCAAAAAAAUGUAUCCACUAAUUUACAGACGUCUGGUUCACAGUUUAAAUCUGUGGGGAAGAGUCUUUUUGGGCCCCAGUGUAUCACGUGACAGAACAGGAAGUGGUAGAUACACGUUUUGCAUCAAUAUCAUUGGCUCCAAAGUCCAGUGUACUUCCCGCGGGCCUGUUUGAUGUAGACAACAUCUCUGUCUGAAAAAACAACAGUAGAUAGUCGGCUAAUCCCUAUUGUAGCGUAGAAACUCUUAACUAUGCAGCCAGUGUUGAAGCUACAUGUGCAUGUACGGGGCUCUUACACAUUAAUCCAGGGAAGUACUGGAAGUGAACAAGUCGCCAUUACUGUGGUGAUGUCUCAUUACAAUACGAGAAGCGUUUAAAUGACAGCUGUCUAAAGACAUGCAUCAUUUUCUACUUUCCAUGUAAAGUAACUUUUGACAAGGAUGUCGAGGAGUUUGGGAAGAACCUGUGCAGCUCGCUGUCUGGACAAACUUCAACUGUGAAAAAACUGAUAGCAGGAUUGUAGGGCUGUACCCGAAUUAUGUCAGGUUGAAUCAGAUUUGGCUGUUUAAUACGAAUACAGUAAACAAGCUAACUGCGCUAACGACGGCGCAGACACUGCAGAGCUGUAAAUUCACCACCUCCAAGCAGAUGAGAAGAUAAUCUUAUUUAGUUUCUCCUCCUCUGUGCUGCUGCCUGCGUGUCCGCAGCUGUCUGUACCAAAGUCAAGAGCGUUCACUCCGCAGCAAAGUCUGGGGACCAAAACAUCCCCAUAAGGACGCUGAACAGCACACUGAGUCGCAAAACCAACACACACAAAAAAACCCUGGACUGCUCAACUUAAAGCAAGCUCAGUCGACUGAGGGGUCUUGGAUGAUUCAAACCUCCAACUUUCAGGGUUCACACACAUUUUAACAAAGUCAUUUUCAAAAAUUUUCCAUGUUUUGCCUCAUUUCCAUGACUUGUAGUUUAAACUGUGUCGGUCUGCGUAGGUAAACAGUCGUUUAUUAUUACACAUGCACUUCCAGGGAGAAGUGCAUGUGUAGAUAAGCAAACUGCUCACACAUGCUAACUUUACUCACCUGUCAGACACGUUAACCUGCAAACAUCAUUUUUAAACUGUGUAUGUGCUGUGUGAGAACAUGAAGCCACUGUAAAGGCACAGUGACAGUUAUUAAGGAGGGGGGAGCAUAACUGUCAUAAAGAGAUUUCACAUUUUGGACAGAGCCAGGCUGUUUUCACGUUUCCAAUCUUUGUCGUAGCUUCAUAUGAAAGUCGUGUCGAUCUUUUCCUCCGACUCUCUGCCAGAAAGUGAAUGAGCUCAUUUCCCAAAUCGUACAGCUGUUCCUUUAACAUGUAGACAAAAUGCCAAAGUGGCUUUUUGAAUUCACAGUUGGGCUCUUUGAGGAGCAGCCAGUCGUCGUGAUUCCUCACCCCGACACGAGUCACUGGCUGCGGGGGGGAAGCGGGGGUGUUGUGGGCGUGCCUUCGAUGGGUGUAGAGCUCAUCUGCUGUAGCUAGCCGUGUGUUUGUAGGCUGCUUUUUACUGUGUUUGACACUUAAACUUCAGAUGUCAGCGGGGGCAUUCAUUUUGGUCCAAGCCGUCUGUGAGCAGAGCAAACGGCUGAACGUCACCACUAGUUCCAGUUUUUAAACUUACAACAAAAACCACUUGACCAAAAUGUGAAUUCAGUGAUGCAUUUUAAAUACUUGAGAUUUGAAGAUUAAUGUGUAAUUGAAGUGAACUCUGCUGUGUUUACAGUCUCAGCCAUUUGGUGAGCAGAUAAAGGUUUUAAAUUUGAGCAGGUGGUCGUCUGCUGACCUCAAACCUUCGGCCUGGAUUCGCCUAAACGAAUGCACCUAUUUGUAACGCACGAAUGUUGCACAAGUGUUUUAUGUUCUGGAAAACACCUUGAAGUUCCAGUUUAUUUAUUAAAAAGUACACACACUUACUGAGCUCUGUGGUCUGUUUCAUGAAACACCGAAACAAACACUGCAGACAAACCCCAAGGAAUACUUCACCCGAAUAUAAUAUACAUAUGUGUGUCAGUUACUCGUCGCGUCUUACUGUGAAUUGAAGAAAACUUUGUUUUUCUCUCAUGUCUUAACAGUGAACGGAGAAUCCAAAAGGUGUUAGACUCUCACACAGCUCGUGCAGUAUAAUCCAGGUCUCAUUUAUCCAGUCGUAUGAUCAGCACUUCACAAACACAUGCAUUUACACUAAAACAUUACGAUUUAAAACACUUGAGCGUGCCCAAGCACAUGCUUUUAUUUGACAGCUCAAACUUUUGUUUUUUAAAUCAUAAUGUUUUUGUGAAAAUGGCUGUGCACGCAGGGCGUUUACUUUAAUUCAUCAAGACUGUUCACCUGUUUUGGAUUCUCUGUUGUCUGUGGAGACAAAGAUUUCUUUAGGAAUUAAAUGUAAUGUGUGGUAAAUAAUCGAUAAACAAAUGGUCAUUUUUGUUUUUCUUUAACUCACCUGGAGAAUGUUUGUGUCCAUAAGAUGGGAAAAACCUUAGGAGGUCUAAAAUACUCUGAAAGGAACCAUUAUGCAGAAUGCACACUUUUACUUUGGGCACUCUCACCAAAGACAAAGUGCGCAGGGUAAGUACAGUGUCUAAAGUAAGUGUACUUGGUUACUUUCCACUGCUGCUGUCUGGACC